AUAUAUAAUCUCUGGCGACUCUUCCAUCUCAUAACCAAAACAAGCACCGUUCUGUGCUUAAAGAAUUUAACAAGCAAGAAGCGGGGCGGGAUGAAGGCUCUUCCAUUGUCGUCUUCGCAAAACUAUUGCCCUUCAAUUUUAGGGGGUCUCCAAACCCAAUACAGGGUGAAGCGCUCUAACUUGAGAGGCGUUUGGGCUAAACUGGAUGACAAGGGCAAGAAAGAAGAAGGCAAGAAGAGUAAUAAGCAAUCUUUGUUUGGGAGUGUGACGGAAGCUCUAGAUUUCUCUCAAGUUAGAUCCGUCGAGGAUGCCCAACUUCUCGAGGAAGCGAGAGAAGCCACAAGGUCUGGAGGAAGGAUGACUAGGGAACAGUACGGAGCUCUUAGACGUAAAAUUGGCGGGACAUACAAGGAUUUCUUCAAGUCCUACGUCGACGUGGAUGGGCAAUAUGUAGAAGAUGGUUGGGUUGAUAAAACGUGCAAGAUCUGCAAGAAAGAUACCAAAGGUGAAGCAAGGCAAGUGGACAAGCUCGGAAGAUAUGUUCAUGUUGCCUGUUUGGAGAAGAAAACCAAAUCAGGCAAUUUCUUUACCAAGCUCUUCUCAAUUUAAAAAAAAAAAAAAAAGGUACACGUUCAAGGAAUUCUUCUUUUUUCCUUCUCUUGUUUCUGGAAUCUAAAGUUCAUGAUGAUAAAUAUAGCAGGAAAUCUUCAUUUAUUGGAGAAUGGCCUUUUUUUACAUUGUUUUUUUCCUGCACAUCAUAUGCUGAACUGAACAUAUUCAAGGUCCAGCAUGUGCAUUGUAAAGAGAUAGCUAAGCUAGGGGCAUACAUACCAACCACAUAAUUGUUUCAUAUACAGCAAUGCGACAACAGUAUCUUUUGCCUUUAA